AUAUGUCAUUUGAAUUCGAUGACAUAAUAGGGCAUAACCAAGCUUCGUGCUUAAAAUGGCUAUGACUCUUAAACCACUAUUUCCUAUAUUUCAAAGAUUUGUUCGGCCUGCAUUUAUUGGUAGUUGCUAUCGGUCGGAAAGCAGUAGUGCUCCGAAAGAUGGGUAUAUAUAUGUUAACGAUCAAGAGCUGUCUAUGGAUAUGAAGGACAUAACAGAUCGGGCAGCCCAGACGAUAUUUCUCACGGAAAUUCUUCGGGGGCUUGGGGUAGCGAUGGGUCAUAUUUUCAAAGAACCGGCCACCAUCAACUAUCCAUUCGAGAAGGGACCCCUUAGUCCUAGAUUUAGGGGAGAACACGCUCUCCGAAGAUAUCCUUCAGGCGAAGAAAGAUGUAUCGCUUGCAAGUUAUGCGAGGCGAUCUGCCCCGCUCAGGCGAUUACGAUUGAAGCUGAGGAAAGAGCCGACGGUUCUCGCAGAACUACACGGUACGAUAUCGAUAUGACCAAGUGCAUCUAUUGCGGGUUCUGCCAAGAGGCCUGUCCCGUCGACGCUAUCGUCGAGGGACCCAACUUUGAGUUCUCCACUGAAACGCAUGAAGAACUGUUGUAUAAUAAAGAGAAGUUGUUGAAUAACGGAGAUAAGUGGGAAUCGGAAAUAGCAGCUAAUAUUCACGCCGAUCAUCUGUAUCGUUGAUGUGUUUAGUGUUUAAAUUAGUAAUUACAAUAAAAAUUCUAUUUAAUAUUUGUGUUAUUUGGAGUUAAUAUUAGAAACAG